AGCGGAGGGCGGAGCUGCGCGGGUACUUAGGAGUGCACGGGAGAGGCCAGGAGCGGCUCCGUUUGGCUUGGUGGCUGCAGGCCCAGGCUGUCGCGCUGCGCUCGGUGAGUGCAGGAUCCAGCAUCCAGGAUGUGGUGGUCCUUGAUCCUUCUUUCUUGCCUGCUGGCACUGACCAGUGCCCAUGACAAGCCUUCCUUCCACCCGCUGUCGGAUGACCUGAUUAACUAUAUCAACAAACAGAAUACAACAUGGCAGGCUGGACGCAACUUCUACAAUGUUGACAUAAGCUAUCUGAAGAAGCUGUGUGGCACUGUCCUGGGUGGACCCAAACUGCCAGGAAGGGUUGCGUUCGGUGAGGACAUAGAUCUACCUGAAACCUUUGAUGCACGGGAACAAUGGUCCAACUGCCCGACCAUUGGACAGAUUAGAGACCAGGGCUCCUGCGGCUCUUGUUGGGCAUUUGGGGCAGUGGAAGCCAUUUCUGACCGAACCUGCAUUCACACCAAUGGCCGAGUCAACGUGGAGGUGUCUGCUGAAGACCUGCUUACUUGCUGUGGUAUCCAGUGUGGGGACGGCUGUAAUGGUGGCUAUCCCUCUGGAGCAUGGAGCUUCUGGACAAAAAAAGGCCUGGUUUCAGGUGGAGUCUACAAUUCUCAUGUAGGCUGCUUACCAUACACCAUCCCUCCCUGCGAGCACCAUGUCAAUGGCUCCCGUCCCCCAUGCACUGGAGAAGGAGAUACUCCCAGGUGCAACAAGAGCUGUGAAGCUGGCUACUCCCCAUCCUACAAAGAGGAUAAGCACUUUGGGUACACUUCCUACAGCGUGUCUAACAGUGUGAAGGAGAUCAUGGCAGAAAUCUACAAAAAUGGCCCAGUGGAGGGUGCCUUCACUGUGUUUUCUGACUUCUUGACUUACAAAUCAGGAGUAUACAAGCAUGAAGCCGGUGAUAUGAUGGGUGGCCACGCCAUCCGCAUCCUGGGCUGGGGAGUAGAGAAUGGAGUUCCCUACUGGCUGGCAGCCAACUCUUGGAACCUUGACUGGGGUGAUAAUGGCUUCUUUAAAAUCCUCAGAGGAGAGAACCACUGUGGCAUUGAAUCAGAAAUUGUGGCUGGAAUCCCACGCACUGACCAGUACUGGGGAAGAUUCUAAUCUGCUUUGACUUCAUUGUCCAGUCCUUAGGGGCUUUUUCCAAAAUUUAGCGGCCCUGGCAGGGAAUGAGGUAGACAGGGGAGUCUUUGAUUCUUUGAGUUCAUCUAACAUGCAUGAAGCUUUUGGCAAGAUUUGGACGACUGGACCAGAGCUGCCUGCCAUCAGAGCUACCCUCCAAACACUGUCCUUACCUGGCCUCCUCCUAGCCCAUCCCACGACAGUGAUCACAGUCUGCAUCCUAGCCUCUCCCUAGACUAGUGCGGUUUGUAGUGCCUGCUGUUGUGGCUCUGCCUGCCAUACCUCCCACCCCCAUCCCCAUCCCAGCAUCCGAGGACCCAAGGGCUUUGACUGCAGGACUUCCAAAAGAACGAACACUUCACGAGAGGACAAAUGCCACCUCUCAGCUGCAUCUUGAAGCUGGUCACUUCUGGGUCUGUGGCAGGCAUUCGUCAAUGGCCCAGUGCAGUUCUCUGGAGAAAGCUACCUUUUCCCAAGGCAUCUGCAUCCAUCGACAUUGGUAAUGUGGCCAGCUCUCCUUGGUCCUGUCCUCAGCCGAUGCUUUUUCAAUAGGAUUUUUAUGCUUUGUGUACCUCAACCAAGUAUGAAGAGCUGUACUGGUUUUAUAGAUCACCCCCAAUUGUAUGGCUUAAAACAAGCUACAUGGUCAUGGUUUGCUGUGUGACCGACAGAUAACCACAAUGAAACUAGUCUGGAAAAAAAAACUUGCUUUUUGUUGUAGUUACCACUUAACCCUGUAGUUUAACAAGGAAUGUCUGUGCCAAUAAACCAAUUCUCCCUCUGCUUGACAUUGGCAGGGUGCACGGUUCUGUGCUGCAGUUUCAAGGCUUUUGUCUCUCCCCCUGGUUUCCUGUCACCCUCAGAAAUGGUUCUCAAAACCGUACCUGUAACUGCUCACACCUCGGAGCACUUCCUCCUGCUUAGAGAUAAGGGAGCUACACUUGUUUAAUUAACCAAGGCGGGCACUCACAUACAUAUGACCCGGACUGCCAUCUUCUUAGAGGUCAUUUCCCUGGAGUGGGGGCCAAAGCUUGCGCACCAUGUUUAAGUUUUCUGGGUUACUGGAUUUCAUGGAUUUUACAAAAAUCAUAGUGAAGUACAGUUCAAAGGGAACAGGGAGCCUCACUCAUCAGCGUUGUCCUAUGGAUCUGUUACUUCCUGCUAAGUGAGAGGGAGGGGCUGGUUUCUCUGGAAGCCCGCCUUCCCAUGUCGGCAAUCAGAACUAUAUCAAAGAAGCUCUGGAUGCCUGGCGAGUGCUAGAAGUGUAACUCGGUUUGAGGCAACCUGGCUUGGGUACUGGGGCUUUAGUACUGCAAGACAGUUCCACCGGUCUCAACUACACCCAAUAGUUCCCUCCUACACUUCCUUUCUUGCCUCACCACAUGCCCACCUGCAACUCCCUCCCUACCUCGCAUAGCCAGUGAAGAUGAGCUAAAUUAAGAGAAGAGGACCCUGAACAUCCUCUGAUGGAGCCCAGGAAACCCGUUUUGUUAUCGUAUGCUUGGGGGUGGCUCUAGAUGUCUUCCAUAACCAGAUUCUCCUGUGGGUGGUUUCCUGUGCUCAAGUCAAGAGCUGUCUUCCUUGGGUACAUGAAAUGGAUACUCAGGAGACAGAGGCAAGCCGAUCUCUGGGAGUUUGAGGCCAGACUGGUCUACAAUAGACCUUGAAGCUAGGAGCAUUUCCUUUUCAGCCUGCCCACAGGGCCUUUUGAUGAUUCUGUGUUUACACAUCCCUACCUUUCUACACAUUAGACUAGAACACGCCGUUGUGUGUUCUUUGUGUGGUCCUCAAACCUGAGCCAGUAUGAGUGCCAGGCCUUUGAAUAGUCGUUUGUAGCCCGACUAGGUCAUUUCAGAUAGAUUUGGGCGAUGGCCUUCAAACAGGGCCUAUGACAGACAGCAUUCAUGCUGCCCAGGAACUCAUUAGGUAACAUGCCAGAUCAACUUGGUCAGAAGUCUUGUUCCAGAUCCAUUAGAAUACAGAACUAGCCUUAGCGCUCUCACUUCCACUACCACAGAGCCUGGGAAACUCAACAGCAGGGGGAACGCCUUCAAAGGGCUGUCCCAGACAGGAUUUGCAAAUAACCAGAGGAAGGUAGCAAGCACAUCUUUCUAAUAAUUAUGUCUGGAUAUGGGUGGGCCUCUGAGAAAGCACACAGAUGGUGUAAAUUAUAUUGAGAGUCAAAAGCAGGCUAGGGAUGUCUCCAUGGUAGAGUGUUUGUCCAGCAUAUUGUCCAAGCAAGACCCUUGGUUCAGUGCCCAGCAACACAAUAACAGGAGAAAGAGGUGUGUCAUAUGUAGACAGUAUGUAUAAUGUCCGACUAAAUGUAUUUCUAGAUAAUGGCUUUAUAGAAAUGCACCAUGCUAAAUAUCUGAAUAUAAAGAAAACUAUCUGAAAUUCAAGUGGAACUUGGGGUCUUAUUUGCUAAGGGAAAUAAGUUUCAGGGGGUUAGAGUCUGUCCCCCCUACCCCUUUAUAUUUAUUCAUGCAGUUUAUGAGUACUCUGUCUUCAUGCACAUCAGAAGGAAUCAGAUCUCAUUAUAGAUGGUAGUGAGCCACUAUGGGGUUGCUGGGAAUUGAACUUAGGACCUCUGGAAGAACACUCAGGUGCUGAGCCAUCUCUCCAGCCUCCAGGUUUUGAUGUUAGAGACAGUGUCUUAUGUAGUCCAGGCCCACCUCCACAACUGAGGAGGAUCUUAAAAUCCAACUCCUCCCUUCCUCCCUCCCUCCCUCCACCUCCCACAUGCUGGGAUUACUGGUAAGAGUUGUAGCUUCCAGAAAGGAUGAACAUUAAAACCUUCGGUUUCAGCGGGGUGGUAUUUGUUCAAGGCUUAGAGCAAGUGACCAAUGAAGUCUCCAUGCCCCAGUAAUCCAGCAAGGAAUCUGUGCUUACAAAGUUGAAUGGACCACUGAACUGGCCGAGGCACCUCAGUGAUGAAGUCAACAUACGCAGCAGGCUUAAGAGGGGAGCAGACUAUGCUCUACAUGUCUCUGUGGUCUGAGCGUACCCCAAAGGGUCAUAUACAGGUUCACAAAAUGACAGGUAGCUGAGGCACUGUUCUCAAAAGGGCUCAAUGCUAGUCUUCCAGAGUUAGGGCUCCAGAGACCAAGCUCUGUGGACAACAGUGGGGUGGCUCGUGCCUAUAACUCGUACAUUCAGAAGGCUGAGGCAGUGGGAUCACCAUUAAAUUCAAGGCUACAUAGACUUGCAGGCCAACCUGAGCUACAGUUACAGUGUACAAGUGUCAGCAUGCCAGGGCGUCGACUCCUGCUUCCUGUCACGUGCUCUCUCCUGCAUGUCCUCUCUCUACUGUAGUGUCAUUUCUCACAAGGCCGUCCAAGGGCUAAAGAUGGGGCCCCCCUCAUCUUGUACUUUCAUCCUCCUAAGCUGUUACAUAAACAAUCCUCUUUCCUUGGUAAAGCAGUUGGCCUCAGGUAUCUUGUCCUACAGUCAGAGUGGUUGCCUAGAGCCUCUCCACCGCUCAAACACUGGUUUUCAGAUACACAGGGUGUCAGAGGCCACCAUGACAAUGUAGCCAACUAACCACGCUGCAAUUAAAAACCUACCAAUAUAGAA